UCUGUGAGAGCUAUUAGGUAUUAUUAUUCCAAAUUGGCUAUUCUGGCCAGCGGCAUAGAGUUCGUAGACCACUAUCUUGUAUUAGGGCUUCCGACCGGAGAAGCCGGAACUAGGUUGUCGGAGAAAGAGAUCAAGAAGGCGUACAAGUCCAAGGCCUUGCUUCUCCAUCCCGACAAACGACCCGAUGAUGAUCCGGCGGCCGCGCGUUCAGAUUUUCAGAAACUCAAGGAAUGUUACUUGGUUCUCAAGGAUGUCGAGGCUCGGCGCCAGUUCGACACUCUCCUGUUGAGCCGCUGCUGCCGGAGGCGGCCACGAUUGGAGAAUGUGAAGAACGAUCCCAAGCGCCAGAAGAUGAUGGCUGAUUUGCAGGUCCGAGAGCGCCGUUGUUCUGAUGAGGAACUUGUUCGGAGGGCGGAGGAGAGUACGAUUGCCGAGAAACUGAAGGGUGAGAUUGCGAAAAUUCGUGAGAUGAUGGCGGCCACUAAAAAACCUCCUUUGGAUAUGUAAUGAAACAGGAAGCUAGGGAGUAGCAGAAGGAAAGAAGGCGUGAAGUAAAACUAAAGGAAAGCGUGAUCAAGCACGAAGAAGAAUAGAGAAGACGUGAACUAGGAAGAACGCUCAGUAAUGGGGCACUAAGAGGACAAAGGCGUGGAAACAGAAAAGGUGAAGGCGCAAGGAAGGCGAGAGGCGUGAGCAGAAAGAGCACGCCUUUUCUGGGUUCAUGCUGUUCUUGCUGAUGGUUGGGACCAGUCAUUCCAGAAUAUUCCCUCUCACGUGGAUUGCCGUUUCAUUAGCAAGUGGAAGGAGUUAGUUAGAUUAGUUUUCUAUAAAAAGGAAAAAUCAUGUAAUUGUUGGGCAUUGAUAAUUUUGAAUCUUGUAAUCACAGAGGAGAAUAUCUUUUGUUCCUUUCCCAAAUUACUUCCUGCAUUUCUUCUUCCCCUUCUUCCUUUUUCCCGCCAUUUCCAUUUCUGUACCCUUUUGAAGGUUAUUCAAUACAAGUUAAGUUGAUUUGAGAAAUUCAA